AUGGCCAGACAUCUGUCGAAGGAGUCCCGCGCCGACAUCCUCAGGCUGCGCGCGCAGGGCCUGACGUACAAAGAAAUCGCCGAGCGCAAGGGCAUCACGCACCGCCAGGUCCAGUGGACGUGCGAGUCUGGCGAUCCGACGCCCAAGCGACGCAGCGGACGGCCGUCGCAGCUGUCGCGGGCGCAGGUCAACCGGCUGAUCGAGUAUGUGUGCGCGUCGCCCGAGAACCGCCAGCGCUCGUAUCUUGAGCUCGCGACCGUGCUGCAGCUGGGCGUCGGCCAGUUCGCCGUUCGCAAUGCGCUGUACAACGCAGGUUUUCGUCGUCGAGCGGCCAGGGAGGGUCGGCGCGAGCUUCACCGUGUUGAUAGCGAUGCUGGUAUUGGUGUUGGUGCUGGUGUUGACGUUGGUGGUGAUGUUGUGAUAUCAAAUACCGAGAUGUCAACUACAACCGCAACAACAGCUACAAUUACAACUACGACAGAGACAGCGACUACGCAGGUAGAGACAGCUGCAAGGGCUGAACCAGAGUUUAUUAAUGGCCCUUAA